AUGGAAGGAAGCAGCAAGAUUAAGCCCGCGGCAAGGGUAUCCAACCAAAAGCAAGAUGUCUGGUCCAUCAUCAACGAAGCAGCUGCCGCAUCACCAAAGCAGCCCAUUGUAAACAUGGGCCAAGGCUUCUUCGGCUACAACCCGCCUGAUUUCAUCCUCAAUGCCGCCAAGGAUGCUCUCGACCGUGUUGAGUGCAACCAGUACUCGCCUACCAAGGGGCGGCCGCGGCUCAAGAAGGCUAUUGCGGAUGCGUACUCGCCUUUCUGGGGGAGAAAGAUUGACCCUGAGACGGAGGUUACUAUUACCACGGGUGCUAACGAGGGCAUGUUGAGUGCGUUUAUGGCGUUUAUCGAACCAGGCGACGAGGUCAUCAUCUUUGAGCCCUUUUUCGACCAAUACAUAAGCAAUAUUGAAAUGCCCGGCGGCAAAAUCGUCUACGUCCCCAUGCACCCUCCCGAAACUGGCGGAACCAAGACGUCGUCUGCUGCGGAUUGGACUAUUGACUUUGAUGAGUUGGAAAAGGCCAUUACUCCGCGUACGAAAAUGAUUGUUUUGAAUACACCUCAUAACCCUGUCGGCAAAGUCUACUCGCGCGACGAACUCCAAAAGAUUGGUGACCUAUGCGUCAGGCAUGAAAUCAUCAUCCUGUCAGACGAAGUGUACGACCGUCUCUACUACGUGCCCUUUACGCGAAUGUCCACUCUCUCCCCUGAGAUUGAAAAGCUCACCAUAACGGUUGGGUCUGCCGGCAAGAACUUUUACGCCACGGGCUGGCGAGUUGGUUGGCUCAUGGGCCCCGCAAACCUCAUCAAAUACGUCUCCGCAGCCCACACCCGCAUCUGCUACUCCUCCGUGUCGCCCCUCCAGGAAGCAUGCGCCGUGGGCUUCGAACAAGCUGAAUCCCAAGGCUUCUGGGACCAGACCAUCACGGACAUGAAGUCCAAGAUGGACCGGUUCAACGAGAUCUGGACCGAGCUGGACAUGCCGUACUCCGAGCCCGAGGGCGGGUACUUUGUGCUCGUCAACAUGAAGAAGGUCAAGGUUCCGGCGGACUACCCCUUCCCCGAGCACGUGGCGAGCAGGCCGCGCGAUUUCAAGCUGGCUUGGUUCUUGAUCCAGGAGGUGGGCGUGGCGGCGAUCCCGCCGACGGAGUUUUAUACCGAUGCGAAUGCGCACUUGGCGGAGGAUUAUGUCCGGUUUGCAGUGUGCAAGGACGAUGAGGUGUUGGAGGAGGCGAAGCGAAGGUUGAGGGGGCUGAAGAAGUAUAUGGAGUAG